AUGCCCGACAACCGUCAGCAGUCCUUUGACGAGAUCUACGGCCCGCCCGAGAACUUCCUCGAGAUCGAGGUCCGCAACCCCCGCACCCACGGCAUGGCCGCUCCAUGUACACCGACUACGAGAUCCUCUGCCGCACAAACAUCCCCGCCUUCAAGCUGCGCGCCUCGAGCGUCCGCCGCCGCUACUCCGACUUUGAGUACUUUCGCGACAUUCUCGAGCGCGAGUCCGCCCGCGUCACCAUCCCGCCGCUGCCCGGCAAAGGUCUUCACGAACCGCUUCAGCGACGACGUCAUCGAGGGCCGCCGCGCCGGCCUCGAAAAGUUCCUCAAGAUUGUCGUCGGCCACCCCCUCCUGCAGACCGGCAGCAAGGUCCUCGCCGCCUUUGUCCAAGGUAUGCCGAUGCCGCUGCUCACCACCUCUUCCUCCUCCUCUCUUACCUCCUGCUCUCUGCCCGAGACGCCGACGCCGCCGCCGCCCGCCACCACCCUGCACACCCCCGUCUCCUCCGAGUCGCUGCGCGCCGCCGUCGCCGCCGAGCGCCAGCAGGAGGACCUCGUCUGGAUCGUCGGCAGGACGAGGGGCAGGCGUCGGUCUUCCGUCCUGCAGCAGCCGCAGCAGUACCAACAGCCGAACGCGGGCCGAGACAGGCACCGGGGACCAAGAGAGAGGCACUCCACAGCCGCGAGGGGACAGACAGCUGACGUGAUGCCGCAGACCCCAACUGGGACCGCAAUGCGUGGUGACUGA